AUGUCGGCAGAAUUCGGGCUCAGGACCCAGGGAGGGCCAGGGCAGAAGGGUCAGGAGAGGAAGAGGGUGUUGCCGGGGAGGGAGAGGGAAGGGCGACGCCUCCUGGGCACCCCUAGGCCCCGACUUCUGGGCCAGGCGCCGGCUCGGAGCCCGGCAGCCCAGAUUGGUGGCGUGUGGGCGCUGCUGCCCGCCGCACUCUCUGCUGACACGAGCUUCGUCCCCCUCACAGAGGUGACGGACCUGGAAGUGAGGCUGGCCGGCGGCCCGAACCGCUGCACCGGACGCUUGGAAGUGAAGUACCAGGGCCAGUGGGGGACCGUGUGCGAUGACAGCUGGGGCAAGCAGGACUCGGAGGUCGCGUGCAGGCAGCUGGGCUGCGGAAGGCCGUACCACGUCAACAGGCCACUCGCCCCCGGCACGGCCACCGGCCCCAUCUGGAUGGAUGACGUCGGCUGCCACGGGAACGAGUCGAACCUCUGGGACUGCCGCCAUCGAGGAUGGGGCCAGCACAACUGCCAGCACAGUGAGGAUGUGGGCCUGGUGUGCUCAGAAGGCGCAGAUGUAGACCUGAGGCUGGUGGGCGGAACCAGGAAUUGCUCGGGCCUGGUGGAGGCGCGGCUGCACGGCCAGUGGGGAAGAGUCUGCGACUACAACUGGAACCCGGAGGUGGCCGGGGUGGUGUGCCGGCAGCUGGGCUGCCCCUCCCCGCUGAAUGCCGUGAGCUGGUUCGAGGGCGUCGAGGACGUGGAGCAAACGUGGUUCAGCAACAUUCGCUGUUUCGGGAACGAGUCGGCCCUCUGGGACUGUGACUACAACGGAUGGUCCAACUACGGCUGUGGGUCCCAGCACCACGCCAAGGUGAUCUGUUCCGAUGGAGGCGAUUUGGAUCUGAGGCUCGUGGGGGGCGGCAGUCGAUGUGCCGGGACCGUGGAGGUGCAGAUGCAGGGGCUGGUGGGCACCGUGUGCCAGUCAGCGAUGGACAUGAAGGCGGCCUCGGUGAUCUGUAGGCAGCUGGCGUGUGGCACUGCCGUCAGCGUCUCCCACACGGACGGCUUCGAAGAGGAGGUGACCGCACACAGAGGCCUCACUGGCGUCACCUGCAGCGGGAACGAGGCCUCCUUCUGGGGCUGCCGAGGCUGGAGGUGGGGCUCCCAGGCCUGCGAGGCCAGAUCGAAAGUCAUCUGUUCAGAGCACAUGAAGCCGGAACUGACCGGAGGGCACGUCCCCUGCUCGGGAAGAGUUCUGGUGCAACACCAAGACACCUGGAGCUCCAUCUGUGCCCACGACUUCCCGCUGGCCACGGCCCGAGUGCUGUGCAGGGAGCUCGGGUGCGGGGCUCUGGUCUCCGUGGUGGACGCGACUCGCUUCGGGCAGGGAAACGGCCGCAUCCUGGACGAAGAGCUGAGGUGCGAAGGGGACGAGUCCCACCUCUCCCUGUGUCCGCGGGUGCUUCUCCCGGAGGGCAGCUGCAGAGACGGCAGGGACAUCGGAGUCGUCUGCUCACGGUACUUGGACUCCCAGCUGGUCGAUGGCAGCUCCAAGUGCGAGGGCAGAGUGGAAAUCAAGGUCCACGGGAACUGGGGAGCCCUGUGUGACUCUUCCUGGGAUCUGGCUAACGCCAACGUCCUCUGCAGCCAGCUCGACUGUGGAGUGGCCGUCUCGAUUCCCAAAGGAGCCCCCUUUGGGAAAGGGAGCGGCCAGACGUGGGCCCACGAGUUUCACUGCUCCGGAAUGGAGGCCCACUUGGGCGACUGUCCCGUGACUGCCCUGGGGGCGCCUUUGUGUUCCCAGGGAGACACCGCCUCGGUGAUAUGCUCAGGAAUUCCACCGAAUGCUCAGGUGAGAACUCGGGGAAUUCUUCCAAAGUGGCCAGCGGGAGGCCCCACAAGCUCCUCAUCAAGCGUGUCUCCCGCAGAGAUCAGAGAGAUCCGCCUCGUGGAUGGAGGAGACCGCUGUGCCGGGAGAGUGGAGGUCUAUCACCAGGGCUCCUGGGGCACCGUCUGCGAUGACUCUUGGGACAUGAGCGAUGCCCACGUGGUCUGCCGACAGCUGGGCUGUGGAGAGGCCUUCAAUGCCACCGUUUCGGCCCACUUUGGCCCAGGAUCUGGGCCCAUCUGGCUGGACGAUCUGAAAUGCGCUGGGAAUGAGUCCCAGGUGUGGGAGUGCCCUUCUCAAGGCUGGGGUCGGCACAACUGCCGACACAAGGAGGACGCCGGGGUGGUCUGCUCAGGAGUCCUGGCUUUGAGGCUGCACGACGACAUCAAGGCUGGGAGCUGCGCGGGCCGCCUGGAGGUCUUCUACAACGGCAGCUGGGGAAGCGUGGGCAGAAGCAAAAUGACUGCCUUCACCCCCGGGCUGGUGUGCGGACAGCUGGGCUGUGGGGACGAGGGCACCGUGCGAGCCGCUCCUCUCAACGAGGCAAGUUUCGGGCCCAGGUGGAUCAGCGACAUUCAGUGCCCCGAUGGGCCGGCCUCCUUCUGGCAGUGCCCAUCUGCAUCAUGGGAGAAGAGGGCCUCGAGCCCAGCAGAAGAGGCCUGGAUCACCUGUUCCGGAAAGCUCCGAAUCCAGGGAGGAGACUCCCGGUGCUCCGGCCGUGUGGAGGUCUGGCACGAAGGCUCCUGGGGCACCGUGUGCGACGACGCCUGGGACCUGGCCGACGCCGAGGUGGUGUGCCGGCAGCUGGGCUGUGGCUCGGCUCUGGCCGCCCCGGCGGAGGCCGCCUUCGGCCAAGGGAUCGGGCCCGUCCUGCUGAGGAACGUCAGCUGCCGAGGAAACGAGUCGUCCCUGUGGGACUGUCCUGCCGAUCCUUGGGGGCGGGCGGACUGCGGGCACAAGGAAGACGCCAGCGUGAAGUGCUCAGGAGAGAGCGCGGAGGGCUUCACUGCAAGCUCAGGCCAUCUGGGAGUUCUCCGCCCAGCAGCCCCAGGGACGAUUUGCUCUUUCCUUCCCCUUUAG